UAUUUGGCCAUGAAACAAUAGAUUGAAUAUGGUUACCAAUACAAAAGGAAUCAAAAUGCGUUUAAUAAAAUCAAUAUUUUUACUGUGCCUGUUAAAUUACGUUUCUUGUACAUCUUUGACGGAAUCUAUGGGACAGGAGGUCAUAGAAAUCAGUGCACCUAUUAAAGAACUGCCCCAAGAGCUGGAGGAGGAGCCAUCAGCAGAGAACGAGGAUGAGAAGCAUACCUCCACUACCAUACAAGCCGCUACCAAGAAGGAGUUCACCAAGACUACUUUUAUUGAUUUUAGCAAGAAAGGCAAGGAUAUUGACAAAAUCGACGGCCGACGGCAAGAAGACGACGAAGCAAGGAUCGAGAAAGAACUGGCUGACAUUUAUAAAGAUUCCAUAGAUUACAAAGCAGACAGCGCGGAAGUGAUAAAAGAAGUCAAAGUGUCUACAUCAUCUAAAGCAUCAGAAACCAGUUCUACCAUUGACGCUGAUGCUACUACGGCAGAACUAACUGGAAAACCUCUUGUAAGGGCCAGGAUGCAGGACUUCAAAUUCCAACCGGAUUCCAACAACCCUCGCGACGUAGCGCGCUUCAGGACAUCGAUCGAUGAAAUCAGCUGUGAUAACAAAUUGAGUGCUACCAAGUCACCGAGCAUCGCGACUAACGCAUCAGACAGAUUUGUCGCAGAUUUUAUCCUUUGGACCACACUUCUUUUUACAGUUUGCAUAUGAAUUGUUUAAAAAUAUUUGGUGUAUUGAUUUUAUUAUUAAAUUAUUUGUUGAAAUAAAUAAUGUACUUAAAUUGUAACAUUCUA